AAGUCAAUCGAUCCACCAGUCGGUUGUGACAAAAAACAAUUAUUCGGUUUCAAGACCCACGAUUCGGAAUGGUUCUUUUGUGCGGAUUCCGCGGAUGAUGCGGUAACCUGGUGCAUAACAUUGACAGAAGCCAAGGGUAUAGUACCGACAUAUCGUGUGCACAUUCCGCCUGCUGAGGCUCACGGUGGUUACACAGAUGGAGUAAAUUAUUAUCGACAUGGAGCUUAUCCGAAUACAACCGUACCACUGUAUGAUUCAAAUCCGUCAAACAACAUACCUCCUCUUCCGGUGCACACCAUCCGUAGGGCGAAGGAACGCCUGCUGUACAGUCGAAGUUCACUGGGUCUGCUAAAGGCUCGCGGUUGUGGUUUCUCGCUCGGGUUAGAUGGGCAAGCCCCAAUUCUCUUGUUUUGGUUACCUAUCCGAUCGAUCGAUCGAGUGAUUUUCGGACCGGCAUAG